UAUAUAAAUAAUGUAUUUGGACAAAACCCCUCUCCUUUUGUCGUCUUUCUUAUUAUCCCACCCAAAAGUCCCCAAAUCGGUGUUCUAGGGUUUAGGGCGUGGUUGUAAACUUGUAAUUGAGCUAAGGAUUCAUUCGAUUGCAGAUGGCUGGUAAUGCUAUUCAUCCAUUCCACCAACAGUGGCCUCCAGCUCCAGCCCCUCCUCUUCCUUCUGGCCCUCCUCCACAUCAUCACCAUCACUCAAUGCCCAUCGAUGAGGUUCGGACGAUUUUCAUCUCCGGGCUACCGCAGGAUGUAAAGGAGAGAGAAUUGGUGAAUCUUCUGAGGUGGUUACCAGGUUACGAAGCAUCUCAGCUCAAUUUCAAAGGCGAACUACCCAUGGGUUUUGCCUUGUUCUCUAACCAUCAAUGCGCAAUCGGUGCAAAGGAAGCCAUUCAGGGUUUGAUUUUUGAUACGGAGGGGAAGUGUGUUCUGCACACAGAGAUGGCCAAGAAAAAUCUCUUUGUCAAAAGAGGAAUUGUAGCUGAUUCAAAUGCACAUGACCAGAGUAAACGGAUGCGUACUGGAGGUGAUUACACACACAGUGGUUAUUCAAGUCCCUCUCCUUUCCACCCUCCUCCCGCACCUGUCUGGGCACCACAUGGGUAUAUAACUCAAGCUCCUCCACCAUACAAUCCAUAUGGAGGCUACCCUGUUGCGCACAUGCCAAUGGCUGCACCUGCUCCUGUGCCAGCACCAAGCAGUUAUGCGCCUGUCCAGAAUACUAAAGACAACCCUCCCUGCAAUACCCUUUUCAUUGGUAAUCUUGGAGAGAAUAUAAAUGAGGAAGAGCUGAGGGGCCUUAUCAGCGGACAACCUGGUUUUAAGCAGAUGAAGGUUUUGAGACAGGAAAGACAUACAGUGUGUUUCAUUGAAUUUGAAGAUGUGAAUAGCGCCACCAAUGUACAUCACAGUUUGCAGGGUGCUGUCAUACCGAGCUCUGGUUCAGUUGGCAUGCGAAUUCAAUAUUCAAAGAAUCCAUUUGGGAAAAGGAAGGACUUUGGCCACCCAGCUGUUGCCCCCAAUGCAAAUGGAGCUCCUCCACCUCUGACAUACUAGUAGCUGCAGGGGAUGUAUUCUGUUCUCUAUGCUCUGCCAAAUACAAAUGCAUCAUGCAGCUGUUGCAUGCAUCCUUGCUAUCAUCAAGUCAUGAGCAUUAUCAUCUUGACAUGAACAUCUUUUUGGACCAUAUCAUAGUUUAUCCAAGACAUGCAUUUGAAGCACAGUCAUCUCAACAUUGUCAGCUUAUUCAGGGUUCACAUUUUGUGACAUGUCAUAAGAUGCAUUUAAUUUUUGGCCUUGAAUCUUGUUGGUCUGUGGUGUCGCAUUGUAUCCUACAUUUGGGAAUUUCUUUAUCUUGUGUUAACAUAUGUUUUAAACCUUAAGUGACUUCUUAGCACCUCUAACAACGUAUUAUGUGUGAGUGAAAUAGAAUCUGCAUCAUAAAUUGAGAUCUUAGUGUGAUUAGCAUCCAUCUCAACUCUCUCUGGUUAGGGUUGUCAGUCACUCCUUUAACCCCUUACUCAAACUGAUGAUAACGCUAUAACAUCCAGGUUUUCAGAUCCUGGAAGACUGGAUUGUCCUGGAAAUUCUAUUGUGCUUGUGUUAUGCAGGAUUUGUGCAAAAAGAGGGGACUUCCUUUUACUUGGGGAUUGGCAAUUGCUGGAGUUGCUUUAUCCAGGUAUUUUGUUCCUCAUGCAGAGUGUGCACGAUUGUAUAGAUGUUGAUGCAGCACCGUGUGAGAAGAUGGUUCUUGUUUGUUUCAGGCUGGUGUGCUAGGUUUGAGCUUUCUCGCAUGUUUCCUUUUUGCUCAGCUAACUCCAAUUGAAAACAAAAGUUGGACUCCUUGAUUUUUCAUGGUUGACUGGUUGUGGAUAAAUGAUCUGUAACAAUUUAGAAUGAGUGACUUUGAAGAGCAAUAGUUAGAGGAUUUUGUAGGAAUUAGUAAAUCCAUUAGAUU